AAGGGAAAGAAAGAAAAAGAAAACUCCACUUACAGUUCACUCCAGCAGUUUACAAUAAAUUAUCCCCUCCCUUUGUCUACCACACCAACCCCUUCCAACUUCAUUCUCUCCCAAAAAGUAUCAAAAUGCUACGAUUUUCUCAAAAUUCUCACUAUAAACUGAGUUUCUUGGUAUUAGUAUUAUGGGUUUCUCACCUUGUUGAUUCAAAGUCUGGGUUUGAGUUAGAUGAGCCGUUGACUUAUCUUUGGCCUUUGCCAUCUGAGUUCACUUCUGGCAAUCAAACCUUGACCGUCGACCCAACUUUAUCUUUCUCUGCCUUAGGAAAAGGAGGGAACUCCAAGAUUUUGAUUGAAGGAUUUGAGAGAUAUAAGAAGAUUAUAUUCAAACAUGUUUCUGGGAUUUCACUUUUUGGUAAAUCGAGAGGGAUAAGAUCUGUUUAUGAUAUUAGUGAAUUGAGAUUCAUUGUGAAUUCCGACAGUGAAGAGCUUCAAUUGGGUGUGGAUGAAAGUUAUACUUUGUUUGUGGCAAAGAAAGAUGGGAAAUCUAUUGUUGGAGAAGCAACAAUUGAGGCAAAUACUGUUUAUGGUGCCUUAAGAGGGUUGGAGACAUUCAGCCAAUUGUGUGCUUUUGAUUACGAGACUAAGUCGGUGCAAAUAUACAAAGCACCAUGGUACAUAAAAGAUAAGCCAAGGUUUGCGUUUCGUGGGCUUAUGCUUGAUACAUCAAGGCACUAUUUACCGAUUGAUGUCAUUAAGCAGAUAAUUGAAUCUAUGUCUUAUGCCAAACUUAAUGUCCUUCAUUGGCACAUCAUAGAUGAAGAGUCAUUUCCUCUAGAAGUACCCUCAUAUCCAAAAUUGUGGAACGGUGCUUAUACAAAAUGGGAACGCUAUACGAUCGAGGAUGCUAGUGAAAUUGUUAGCUUUGCCAAAAUGAGAGGCAUCCACAUAAUGGCAGAAGUAGAUGUUCCUGGGCAUGCAGAGUCAUGGGGAGCUGGGUACCCUGAUCUUUGGCCUUCUUCUACCUGCAGAGAACCACUUGACGUUUCAAAAAGUUUUACUUUUGAUUUGAUUUCUGGCAUUCUAUCAGAGAUGAGAAAAAUUUUCCCAUUUGAGCUUUUCCACUUGGGUGGAGAUGAGGUUCAUACAGAUUGCUGGACCUCUACUCCACACAUAAAGCAGUGGCUCAAUGACCAAAACAUGACUGCUAAAGAUGCUUAUCAAUAUUUUGUACUCAAGGCUCAAGAAAUCGCAAUCUCAAAAAACUGGACGCCUGUCAACUGGGAAGAAACCUUCAAUUCUUUUCCGUCAAAGCUUAAUCCACGAACUAUUGUGCACAACUGGUUGGGUCCCGGGGUUUGUCCGAAGGCUGUUGCAAAAGGAUUCAGAUGCAUUUUCAGCAAUCAAGGUGCUUGGUAUCUUGAUCAUCUGGAUGUUCCUUGGAAUGAAGUCUAUAGUGCUGAGCCACUAGAAGGCAUAAAUAAUGUGUCCGAGCAAAACCUUGUUCUAGGAGGUGAAGUUUGCAUGUGGGGCGAGACAGCUGAUACAUCAGAUGUUCAGCAAACAAUAUGGCCUCGAGCUGCUGCUGCAGCAGAGCGGUUGUGGAGCAAAAGGGAGGCUGUAUCUGCACGAAACAUUACUUUAACCAUAUUACCACGGCUUCAUUUCUUCAGAUGCCUAUUGAAUAGGCGCGGGGUUCAAGCUGCUCCCGUCACAAACAAAUACGCUCGACAACCUCCAAUUGGUGCCGGAUCAUGCUACGAGCAAUAGUUCCUCAGUUCAUUACUAGUCGGAUUGCUCUAGAACUGCCUGUAUCUGCUCUUGUAUAUGUUGAAAGUAGCCGCAUUUUCUGUGUUUACAGACAGUCCAUUGGUGUUUAUCUCAUCUGAUUUGCUCAUGUAUACGUCAAAAGUACAUUCAAAAGCUUAAAUCGCCACAUUUUCGGUGUUUUAGAACAAUCAACUGGUGUUCAUUCAUCUUGUGGUAUAUUUUAGUUUGAUGUUGUGAUUAUCACACUUAAUUUAAAUUUGUACCUGUUUGUGUUUGACUA